CACCAGGUGAACAAAUCACUGUUAUAGAUCGAGAUAUACGUGGUGAAUAGCGUUGUGUGACCAUGACGAGAGAAAGUGAGCUGUCUUCCUCGCCCGAAGCCCAUGAAGACGAGAUGGUUGACGAGCUCAUCAGGGAAGAACGCCUGGAGCAGAAGCAGGAUGAAGAGAAGUACAAGGAGUUUGAUAAUCUCGACUACACCUUCAAACUGGAGAGAUUGCAGAAGCUGGUACAGCAAUCCCAGGUGUUCUCGAAGAUCAUUGGUGAUACGCUGUUGGAAAGCGUAUUGGAGAAAAAGCAGCAACAGGGAGAGCGAAGCGAUGAGGUUAAGACCAAUGACAAGAUCAAUAAAGUCAGAGAGAGUAUCUCCAUGGCGCAGCCUGCGUUGGUUACAGGAGCUCAGAUGAGAGAGUACCAGUUGGAAGGAACCCAAUGGCUGAUUACCCUGUAUGAGAAUGGUUUGAACGGGAUACUUGCUGAUGAAAUGGGGCUGGGAAAGACACUACAGUGUAUCGGACUGCUUGCGUUCUUAUAUGAAAAGGGUAUCAGGGGCCCCUUCUUAAUCACCGCACCUCUAUCAGUUGUAGGUAAUUGGGUCAGUGAGCUAAAGAGGUUCGCUCCUUCACUGCCAGUACUGGGGUACAUUGGUCUAAAGGAUGAUAGAAAGGCUUUGAGAGAUGAGCACUACAGCUCACAGAACGGCUUCAACGAGGCCAUUGUGGUUACAAGCUAUGAAACUGUGCUCAGAGACUUUGAGUUCUUUAACAAAGUUGAUUGGAAGUUCCUCAUCGUUGAUGAAGGCCAUAGGUUGAAGAACAUCAACUGCAAGUUGAUUAGGGAAUUGAAAAGGCUGAAAACGCAAAAUCGAUUGCUACUAACUGGUACUCCACUGCAGAACAAUCUAAAUGAGUUAUGGUCUUUGCUAAAUUUCAUCCUUCCAGAUAUCUUUCAAGAUUUAGAGCUCUUUCAAAGAUGGUUUGAUUUCAGUUCCAUAACGGAAUUGAAGAAAGACACGGACGACUCAACAAAGAAAAUGAUCGAUACUAAGAUCCAAGAGACGUUGGUUCAGAACCUGCACUCUAUUUUGAAACCAUUCUUGUUAAGACGUCUGAAGAAGAGCACCCUUCAAGAUCUUGUGCCUAAGAAGGAGUUCAUAAUAUAUGGGAAACUCUCUCCAGAUCAAGAUAAGAUAUACAAGGCUGCUCUGAUGAAACGUUUAAGGAACGAAGUGCUCAAGUUUGCAUUAAGACAACGUGUCCAGGCUGAGCAAUUGGCCAUCGAUCAGGUAACCGUUGAGGCCUUCAUUAAGGAGGAAAUGGAUGGCCAUGGACAAGCUCUCUAUGAUGUGUUACACGGGUGUGUUAAAUGGGUUGACCAAAAGAAGAUGAAUAAUUUGAUGAUGCAACUGAGGUUGAUCUGUGAUUCUCCUUACCUGUUUUAUUACCCCUGGGAUGAUGAAAAGCAUAUGACACUGGAUGCUCUGUUGAAGAGCUCUUCAAAACUACAAUUGCUUCAACAACUGUUGCCACGGUUGAUUGAACAAGACCAUAAGGUGUUGAUCUUUUGUCAAUUCACCACAAUGAUUCCAUUUGUCUUGGACUUUUGCGAUCUGAAUGGUUUUGGACACUGUUACUUAGAGGGGUCCAUGGAUCAAUUGGAACGUGAGCAAAACAUCAAGUCCUUUACCGAGGAUCCUCAGAAGCAGGUGUUCAUCCUAAGCACACGUGCUGGUGGGCUGGGGUUGAAUCUAGUUGCUGCGGACUCUGUCAUUCUCCUUGACUCGGAUUGGAACCCGCAAGUGGAUCUGCAAGCAAUGGACCGUGUUCAUAGAAUUGGACAGACCAACCCUGUUGCCGUUUAUAGAUUCAUCACAGCCAACACUGUAGAAGAGGUGAUUCUGGCAAAGGCUGACUCCAAGCGAAAGCUAGAGAAGCUGGUGAUCAGUAUGGGCAAAUUCGAAAACCUCCAAAGACUGAUGAGACAGGACAACUCCUUGCUCGGUACAACUGAGAAGAAAAGAGAACAGUCUGACCUGGCUGCAGAGUUGAAGAGUCUGUAUGAGGAGCAUAAGCUCACUGGGGUAAGCGCAUCUGUAAAGGAUAAUACCUUGACACAGGAGGAGCUCGCUGUUCUCCUGGACAGAUCGGAUGAGAGCUAUAGCAAGACCCCGGAUUCUUACAAGAAGUUUGAGCACGUACAGCUAUUCGAAACAACCUCAUCGCUUGAGUGA